AUGUCUGCCCGGACCGUCGUCGCGCUCCCUGACAUGUUCAAGUGCUUCCUUGUCCAGGAACCCAGGGUGAAUCGAAGUUACGGGACAGCCAAGCUGGCGUCGGAGAUAUGGCUCGCAGGAAAGUGCUCCUUCUCCCCGAGAAUGCAGAAGAAAGUCAACGCCUGCGACUUCUCGUACUUCUGCUCCAUUGCUGCACCGGAUGCUCCAGAAGAGCGGCUGCGAACCAUGUGCGACUGGGGAAACUGGGUCUUUCCAUUUGACGAUAUGUUCGAUUCUGGGCAUCUCAGAUCAGAUCUAGAAACAACGCAACAGGUGCUCGACAGCCUCAUGGCAAAUAUGCUGGGCAACCGCUGCUACAUCGGCACCAAGCUGCCCGUAGUCCAGGUCCACGACGACAUCUUCAGAAGAUUGGCAGAAGGUGCUCCAGUCGGAGUUCAAAGACGCUUCGCGAGAUCCAUGGAGCUAUACGCCGCGGGUGUCGCCAGUCAUGUAGAGUCGUUCACGAAUCACCGCCUCCCGUCGCUGCAAGACAUGCUGGAAACACGGCGGCUGUCUGUUGGGGUCGCACCGCUUUACCACCUGGUCGAGUACGCACAUUCUCUGCAGGUACCUGACGAGGUUUUCGAGGACCCCGAGAUCCAGGCCCUGGAGCGCCUCGGAGCUGACUUCGUCAUCCUUUCGAACGAUAUGCUGUCUUAUCGCAAGGAAGAGGUGCGUAUUUGCACCGAAGCCGAAGAUGACAAGCGGGCUUGCAUGUACUAG